AACGUUAUCUGUUUAGCAGCUAGGGUAAAGAUAUGCUACCCGACCCAAGCCCAACUGUACCUGACAGUGAAUGUCGAAUCAGGGUCCGGCACGGUUGGCCUUUUUUCUGAUAAUGCCUUUGUAACUAGAUGUUUGUAUUUCAUAACAACAAUUUACUGUUUACGCCGUGUGUAAGCACCAUGUGCAAUUGUUGAGGCUAAUCAGGGCUGCAGUGUCACUUUGGGUAUCUCAAAUGAAAAGUCAUCUAAGGAAAUUGCAUGUGUUCGGACUCCCUGUGCUCGUUAAUGUAAUUUUGUUUCAUGUUGCCUUGGUACAUCAGUAUUGCAAAGGCAUCCUCUAAUACCGUAUGUCGCCUUUCUGAGACUGUCCAUCACAACUACUGAAAGUCUAGGAGACGUGAGAUGGCAGUUCCGUCUAGGCACAAUUUGACAGAUUGGCUGGUUUCACGCCUGUAAGUCAUAUCUAAAGUGAAACGUCCUCUGUAAACAUAAAAAAGCAGAAGAGAGCCACAGAGGUUAAUCUGAAUCGAGUGGUAAUAGUGUGACUUCGCUGUCCUUCAGAUUAGCUAAGGUUCAUAUUACAUUUUAUUGAGGCAAAUCACCUGAAAGCCAUCGAAACCUAAAAUAAAUUAUUCAAAAUUAUUCAUAGUGAUUAACAGUGAAACGGUGAAUCUUUUUGUAAAGCUAGUACGUUUAUUGUAAGGCUUAAAAGAUGCAUUAAAUAGGUUUCCUGUCUAAAAAAUUAUGUAAUUCUAAAGUGUAGUAUGAUUUUCUGUAUUCCAGUGCACCCUGACCACCUUACUAACUUGCUUAAUGCGUUUUUAUCAUGUUUUAUAUGUUCAGACUUGAAGGGAGAUGCUAUCAUAAAAACAGGCAAGAAGGAGGCAUGACAAUGUUGAGAGAAAUUCUGGUAUUAUAAAGUUAUGACAUUAUUGUAGACUUGGAGCCAAUCAUAUUUAUCUGACAACACGAACCACAGCACAUUCAAAUAAGGGCAUAUUAUUCUGUAAUGUUAACUGUAGUAAAAAAAAAAAUGCUUAAUCUUCAUUUGUGCAUUGACAUCCAUCGUUGAACACUCAAUAAUAUUAAUAAAUUCAGCACAAGUUCUCAGCACCUUUUUGUUCAAGUUCCACUCAGUAAUGUGACAGUUAAAGGUAGGUGCAGGCUUGAUGGUGAUAUCUUGACCUUGCAGCUUUUGCCAUCCAAGCUGCAUGGCUUUAUGUAUCCGAAGGUUAUUUGCGAAUAUGAAUAAGUUGAACAGAAUGAACUGAAUUCAUGGUGUGAAAUGUUCUGUUGUCCUGACCAUUUUUACAAGAGUGACAUGGUUUUCUAUUUGACGCAAAGGUAUAAUGUUUUGAAUAACUAAUCCUGUGACGUGAGAAGCUAUUUUGACAAUUGAUCCCUUACAAAGCAGCACUGCAAAGGGCAACCUCAGUGCAAGUGUUCCAGUUCUUCUUGGAAUAUAAGACUCCUGGAGCACAUGAGUGGAUGUUCCCCAUUUGGAUUUUUGCCUCUACAAACUUUUUUUUAUAAUAUUUAAUGUUCUUACCUCUGGGAGUGGGGUUGGAGUGUUAGGGCCUGCAAAUGCCUGUAUCAUGUUAGAGAGACCUGCCUCUCCAGCAAGGGAACACAUUCACAGAUCGCUUCAACUUUAUAUCAUCCAUUCUGGCAAAGAGGAAACCGUUUAUAUUGCAUCAUAUUUGCUUCACACGGGCACAUUCUUAUGUUUGCCUCUGAAGUAUGAUUUGAUACACAUGUAAAGGUUUUUGUUUUGUAUGUGAAUGUUUAAGUCAGUUUAGCUUACAUGUGUUUCCUGCUUGGUGUCUUGUGAAAUGAGUUGUUUUCAAAACCUCCAGGGCCAUAAAAACUGCAUAUGCACAUAGAUGAUUCAUUUCUUGUUUGUUUUACAUGCAGCAAAAGCAAAGGAUCUCGAGAAACCUGCCGAAGUUAGAGCAAGUCGAGGUCCAGGAUCCCCACACUCUCCGUCAGUUAGCCCUCGUAAUCAGCAUGCUAUCCUUGAGGCAGCCGGCCCGAGUCAUGUGGCCAUCAAUGCCAUCUCCGCCAACAUGGACUCUUUCGCCCGGGGCCGCACUGCUAUCCUCAAGAAGCAGCCAAGCCACAUGGAAGCCGCGCACUUUGGGGACCUCGGACGUUCCAGUGUGAACUACCAGGGCCAGGAGACUCGUUCACGACUGUCAAAAACCGUGGACCAGAUCGUUCGAGACACCAUGGCGGUGCCAUACUACAUCCAGUUCAUGGAGGCGCGCUCGGCCGACUACCUGGUGCGCUUCUGGCUAGAGGCCGAGAGCUUCCGCUCCACCAGUUGGUCCCGGGUCCGAGCGCACAGCCUCAACUCCGUCAAGCACAGCACCCUGGCUGAGCCCACGUCCGGCCUGAACUCCCCGGGCUCGCCCGACUCUCCCUCCGGCGUCCGGCGAACCCUCGGGGACGCCACGGUCGACCUCCCAGACCCCUUUUCCUCGCAGCCCCCUUCACGACCCCUGACCCCUAGCCCACAGGACCCUAACUCCCACUGCGGCCCUGGCGCCCUCCUGCACCGUAACUCCAUCGGCUCAGACGGGGGUCAGAGGCCCGGCACGCCCCAGCAGCCUCACUCCAGAGCGGACACCCCGACCCGGCAGCUCUCCUCUCGCACAGGGACCCCGCUCAAGGUCCCGACCACCAAUGCACUGAGAGACCUGUCGGACAAGCUCAUGAAGAGUAUAGAGAGAGAUGCAGUGAACAUCUUCACCAAGUACGUCUCUCCUGAUGCUGCUAGGCCCAUUCCCAUCACAGAACAGAUCAGAAAUGACAUUGUUGCUAAAAUCUGUGGGGAAGAUGGUCAGGUGGACCCUAACUGCUUUGUUAUUGCACAGUCUGUAGUCUUCAUCAUCAUGGAACAACAGCACUUUAUUGAAUUCUUGCGCAGUCAUCAUUUCUGUAAAUACCAGAUUGAGGUGCUGACCAGUGGAUCUGUGUUCCUGGCGGACAUCCUGUUCAGCGAGUCCGCCCUCUUCUACUUCUCCGAGUACAUGGAGAAGGAGGAAGCUGUCAACGUGUUGCAAUUCUGGCUGGCUGCAGACAACUUUCAGGAUCAGCUUGCUGCUAAAAAAGGCCAGUACGACGGCCAGGAGGCCCAGAAUGAUGCCAUGAUCCUGUAUGACAAGUAUUUUUCUCUCCAAGCCACCAACUCUCUGGGGUUCGAUGACUCCGUACGAAUGGAGAUUGAGUCCAACAUCUGCCGAGAGGGCGGCCCCCUCCCUGACUGUUUCACUACUCCCCUGAGACAGGCCUGGACCACCAUGGAGAAGGUCUACCUGCCAGGCUUCUUGUCUAGUAACCUUUACUACAAGUAUUUGAGUGACCUUAUCAAUUCGGUGCGGGCGGAUGAGUUUGUCGGGGGAAACACCAGUGCCCCUGGAAACAACAUGCACUCGGACAGCGACCGAAGCACACAUGCCUCGGAGGGGUCACAAGCCCAGGGAACCAAAAGAGCAGCAAUUAAGAUUCUGAAGAACUUCGAUGAGGCAAUUACAGUCGACAUUGCAAGUCUGGACCCAGAGUCUCUGUACCAACGACCCUAUGCUGGAAGAAUGACAUUUGGGAAGGUGAACGAGCUUGGGCAAUUCAUUAGAGAGGCUGAACCGGAACCUGAUGUGAAGAAAUCUAAGGGUUCUAUGUUUUCUCAAGCAAUGAAGAAAUGGGUGCAGGGAAACUCAGACGAGGCGCAAGAGGAGAUGGCCUGGCAGAUAGCAAAGAUGAUUGUGAACGACGUCAGGCAUCAGACCCACCACGACAGCCCUGGAGUCAAAUCCACAAAGGUACAACGGGGAUGUGUCAUUUGACUGCACUGGAACUACACAAAUCACACAGCUCAAUCAGCCAAGGGCUUUUGGUGCAGAAAAAGAGAAUGAAAUAUGUUGUUAAGGUGGAAUCAGUCCUUUGGUUAUUCAUUGAUUUACUUGCUAAACAACCACUUUAAAAGAUUUCCUGACGAGAAUAUACAUAUUUAUUUCAAAUCUUCGGCCUGUCUGCAUAGCUCAUGGUAGAGAGCUACACAUAUUUUAAGAAUACUAUUACAAGCAUUCCCAAGUUGAAAGCCGGAAUCGUGAUGUUUGUGGAGUUCUGGAGCGAUGGUGAUUAAUGCUAUAGUAACAGUGAUUACAUUGCAUAUAUUUUAUAAACCUAAAGGCACUACAUUUUUGCAAUAAUUAAAUAUGUGAAUUAAUCAUUUGUUGUUUGUCUGGUGACACAGUCACCUGUGCAUUCAAAAUGAACAACAUGGCCACUGUAAUUUUAACUGCAAUUUUUCAGAAUUCCCACAGCAAAUUCAAUGUCUUUGGCUGCAACCAUUACAACAAACCCUUGGCAGAUCCUGGAGGGACUGACUAACUCAUAAAAGUCACUAAUUCUAGCUUUGGGUUGCAGAUGAGAACGUUUUUCAUUACAGUUCACUUCAUGUGGAAGGCAUGGCUAAGUGUGAUAAGCAGGAUGUACACGAACAAAUCUAGACAAAGAUAGGUUAAGCAGCAAUGUUCCUCAAAUGGUGUGUCGCAACCCAGCAGUGGGUCGUGGAAUCAUUCUGAAUGGGUUGCGGAGUGUCUUUGUUCCUUCAGACUUUUGGAGAAUAUCUAGGAACAGUAGUUUUUGUUUGGAAAUUGAAAAAGUCUUUGCGGUUCUCAUGCAUCAAUCACAAAGGGAAAAGGGAGCCCUUAGAAAGGGAGACAGAUAGAGGAAGUUCGGUGUGAGAGUCAGAUGCAUAGCCUACUGUAUGAGAGUCAGAUGCAUAGCCUACUGUAUGAGAGUCAGAUGCAUAGCCUAC